UUCAAUUAGUAAGAAAGACACAUAGCUCCAUCCACGUCUUCCAAAAAAAAAAGAGCAAAAUCAUGAAACUUACUGCAUUACUUGUAGUUCUGGGUAUUUUGUCUGGAAUAAGUGAACCAGCUUUAGUGUUACCAUGCGAUUUUUAUGUUCAAUGUAACUGUACAUGGAACAACCAUUUACUAAUAACUAAUUGUUCAAAUUUAGAACUAGCAGAACUUCCAUCAUUUCCAUCAAACGUUAAUGUCCUGGAUUUAAGUUUUAACCUAUUUGGAAUACUGAUGGAUAAAGGUUUUAAACAUCUACAUCAUCUUAUUCAACUGAAUCUAAGUAACAAUAACAUGUUUCUUCUUCACCAAGAUGCCUUUUACGGACUAACUAAAUUACAAAGGCUUCAUCUCAACGACAAUGAACUGUCAUAUAACUUGAAAACCUUUCCAAGACUCGUUUUCAAAGCUUUGAAAUCAUUAACACAUUUGAAUGUCGCAAAUAAUGAAGGUGCAAACAAGUUUCCAGGUGAAGUAAUUUCAUACCUAACGAAUUUGAAAGAUCUCGUAAUAGAUGCUAGAAUAACAGAACCAAAUGAAACAGCAUUUGGAAAAGGAUUCUUGCCAUUAACCCAUCUUCAAAAGCUUACUAUUCGUUACUGUAACAUGCACUUCAGUAACGAUACUUUUAAAAAUUUGUUAUAUCUAAAAUCAAUCAACCUUUUUCACUGUACGAUACAGUCCUAUGAGAUUGGUACAUUUUGCGGAAGACAUCUCAAGUUUCUAAAUUUGAAUAGGAUUCAGGAGCAUGAGCAUUAUAUAAAUGCCAUAAUGAAUGAUAUCAAAAAUGCUACAGUGGACGUUUUAAUAAUGAAUCGUUUUUUUCGUCGUCAGUUUAAUUCCUUAGGAUAUAUACUUAAAACACUGAAUAAGACUGCAAUUCAAAAGCUGUAUAUAAACGGGAAUGGCAUUAUUCAUACAGGAACCUUUAUUAUUUUACCUAAAUCUUUGUUGCAUUUAGAUCUAUCUAAAAAUGAUUUGUGUGACUUAGAAUUUGUAAUGCCAAAUUUAAUUUUCUUGAAUUUAAAUGAAAAUCGUUUAGGUAGUUCUUUACAAUUGUACAGAUACAGUCACUCCAAAAUAACAAAUCUAAAAGUCAUUUAUCUAUCAGAUAACGGAAUUGACAGACUGCUUUUUUCAAUUUUUCACGGACAUCCUCUGUUAGAAAUUAUUGACCUAAGCAGAAAUACAUUAUCUGACAUCACCUUUGACCUUGCUCAGUUACAAAAUUUGAAAAUGCUCGACCUUUCAAGUAAUAGAAUUAGUAGUUUAAGUCCAAUGUCAAUAAAUGGUAUCAAUGAAAUAUUUAAGAAAUCUGAUUUAAAAAUCAACUUGUCAAAAAAUGUGUUGCAAUGUAGCUGUGAAACUUAUCAAUUUCUAAAAUGGAUGGCAGAUAAUAGUAAUCACUUUAUGCCGAGCAAUGAUUAUAAGUGCAGGUUCUCAAAUGGUUCUAUCCUAGAAAUUCAGGAGUUUAAACAUACAUUUUUACAGAUAGCGAGAGAAUGCGAAUCCCAUGCAGUGCUUAUAAUUUGUGUUUCGAUUGCCAUUUUUGCAAUGCUGACAGUGACAAUCGUAGGAUUAGUAUAUCGUUACCGUUGGAGGAUCCGUUACUUGUAUUACAUGACAAAAAGCAAAUAUAAACAAAACAAACCUGUUGAUAACUGUUAUCAACAUAAGUAUGAUGCGUUUAUUUCAUAUGCAGACAGUGAAGUAGAUUUUGUUCUGAAAGAUUGCAUUGAAAACUUUGAACAACAUGGAAACAAAACAUUGUGCAUACACCAGCGUGAUUUUAUUCCCGGCGAAGAAAUAGCAAAUAACAUUAUAAAUGCAAUUCAUGAAAGUAGGAAAACUAUCUGUAUUAUAACUAGAUCAUUUUUGGAUUCAUAUUAUUGUAUGUUCGAAUACAAUAUGGCCAGAAUGGAAAGUAUUUAUUCUAGAAACGGACAAAAUAUUCUAUUUUUAGUAUUCUAUGAACAGAUACGUCCAAAGGAGCUCCCGUUGAUUAUGUUAGAACUUGUGCAGCAACGUUCCUAUAUAGAAUAUCCACAUGAUGAACAAGGAAAUGUAGUUUUCUGGGCUAAAUUACUUGAAGCUAUUAGUUAACUGCAUACCAAUACCACUUAAUGAUAGAACUAACACAGCAUCAACCCAUCACGCACUAUCCAAUCGAUACACGAGAAAAUACUGUCUGUUUUGGAAAGCUGACAUGGAUUUCAAUGAUGGUGUGUUUUGUUUUUUGUGUACACAUCGAGAAACAACAAACGAUACAUUAACGCCUACGGCGCUAUAUUCAUGUUGAUAACUAUUUUUGACAUUGUACAAUAUCUUGUUUCCCAAGACUGUUGAAAACUUCUGAACACUUAACCAUUGCAUAUGUACUUUUUGAUAUUUUGUUUUAGAUGCAUGAUUUUUUAAUUUCA